AUGGUUUGUGGAGCGCCCAGGAAAAUUAAAAAUAAUUACAAAAAUCGGCGUUCCAAGCCAGGCAAGGAAGGUGCUACUGAAAAACUUCAUCCAAGUCAACCUGGCAGUCAAUCACCAUCACCGUCAGUUACGGUAUCAGCGAAUUCCGUCCGUGACUCUGAUAAACCGAACACAAAGCCUGAAGAGGAAUAUCAUCCACCGGAUCUAUGGCAAGCCGCUUACGAUCAGCUCGAAGAGGACAAACGACUUAUUCUCGAGAUUGGUCAUCCCGAUAUCAACGUUAGCAACGAGGACGACGCAGCCUCUUCGAAAUUAGAGGUCAUUCUAGGCGGUGUUAUUGAGACAGUCCAAAAGCAACAUGAGAUUCGAGAGCUCAAACGGGAGAACAGCACCCAGGUUAGAAAGCAUGCCGGUACCAUACUGAAUGCUGCAUUUAUUCUCCAAGAUAGCAUUUCCAAAGUUGUGGGCUGUGAUCCUACCGGUCACGCAUCUACUGCCUGGGCAGUCGUGUCUCUUGGAUUGAUGAUGACGCAGAAUUAUCGCGAUCAACAGGAUGCCUGGUUCCAAUCCUCUGCCUUUCUCUCGGACGUUCUUUCCCGCAACACCCUCAUCGAGAUACACUACUAUCGUAAUGACAACCCUGCGACGAAAGAUGGCAUCAAAAAUGCCCUCGUCCAACUGUACUUGAGCAUUCUGCGGUACUCGGCAGAAGUGAUGAAAAUACACCAGUCGAACACAGGAAAGCUAUUGCUGAAGAGUAUUUUUGCAUUGAAAGACUUGCCUCUAUCGGGGAUCGAAACAGCCAUUCAGAACGUAGAGAAACGUUUGGGUCAGUGGACCGGCAUCCACCAAUAUCUCAAAACGGAAGAAAUGCAGGCCCAGGUAGAGGAGGUGUUGACAGUCACUCAAAGUAUCGAAGAGAAAUUCGAACUGUUGAAGCUUCCAAAGGCUGAAAAGGCUUCCUUCAAUUCACAUACGGCGGAUCCUACAGAAGCAGAAUACUGUCUUGAAGGCACCCGUGUUGAUCUUCUUCAGGAUAUUACAGACUGGGUGGACGAUCCACAGGGAAGAUCUCUCUUCUGGCUCAACGGCAUGGCAGGAACUGGAAAGUCCACCAUUUCCCGUACAGUGGCCAGAGAGAUGCAGAAUAGAGGACUCCUGGGAGCAAGCUUUUUCUUCAAACGAGGGGAGGGCGACCGUUCCAACUCGUCAAAGCUUUUCACCACGAUGGUAAGACAGUUGAUGGAUACUAUUCCUCAUUUGAAGAAACCCGUCAAGGAAGCGAUAGAAAAUGACUCGGAAGUUGUCACGAGCUCUUUGGACGAGCAGUUUAACAAACUCCUCUUACAGCCACUGUCGAAUGUCAAAACGAGUAAGAACCAGGCAUUACCAUUAGUUGUUGUAAUCGACGCCUUGGAUGAGUGCGACGAUUGGGGCAAUAUCAGAACCAUCAUCAGGCUUUUGCCCAAGCUUCAGCAGAGCUACUCUUCUAUUCAAAUCCGGUUCUUCGUCACGAGCAGGCCAGAGGUUCCAAUUCGCCUUGGAUUUGAAAAAGUCCCGGAUAAGCACCAGGAUGCUGUCCUCCAUGAAAUUGCUGCAUCUGUUGUCGAGAAUGACAUUUCCAUUUUCUUCCAACACAAGCUCCCUGAAAUCAGGAAGGAUCAGAAACUUGAUGAUCCAGAAUGGCCCGGAGAAGAUACUACUCGACAGCUGGUUGCAAUGGCAGUGCCGCUUUUUAUCUUUGCCGCCACCAUUUGUCGUGUUUUGAGAGAUUAUCGAUUGGACGCAGAGGAUAGUCUAAAGAAAAUCCUGGAACAUAAAGAUGAGGAUUCAAAAGUAGCUAGAACAUAUCUGCCCGUUUUUGACAGGAUCCUUGUGGACCAAGAAGGAACCAAAAGGCACCGACUGAUUGAGGAAUAUCAACAAGUGAUUGGGACCAUUAUCAUCCUUGAGGAUCCUCUCCCAGUGGUUCCUCUCGCGAAGCUCAUCAAUAUCUCUGGAAGAGCCCUCCAAACCAGGCUGAAUUCACUCCACUCUGUGCUUAGAAUACCGACAAGGAAAGAAGACCCAGUGCGACCUUUUCAUCUUUCAUUCCGAGACUUCCUUCUUGAUCCCGAAACACGCACCAAGAAUGAGUUCUGGAUUGACAGAGUCAAAAUGAACGAAAAGGUAGCAUUUGGCUGCAUCAGACUGAUGAAAAGGGACAUUGGAGGUUUGAAAAAGAACAUCUGCAACCUACCGAGUUAUGGAACACUGCGAACAGAGAUUGAUGAUCAAGCAGUCGAAAGCCAUUUUCCCAAAGAGCUUCGAUAUGCAUGUCGAUACUGGAUCUAUCACCUGCAGCAAGGAGAGGCUGCCUUGACUGACCAAGAUGAAGUGCAUAAGUUUCUUGAAGGCCACUUUAUUCAGUGGUUAGAAGGUAUGAGUAUCUUAGGGUAUUUAUCGGAGAUUAUUUCGGGGAUAAAUAUAUUACAGUCUUUGGUGCAGACUGGAUCUACUGUAUCGAAAAUCUUACAUGAUGCAAAGAGAUUUGCCCUCAAAAAUAUUGGAAUUGCGGAAACAGCGCCUCUUCAGCUUUAUUCCUCUGCACUUGUAUUCGCACCAUGUAAAUGCGUCAUUCGGAAUUCUUUCCAGCAGCAUAUUCCUCGAUGCCUUGCCCAGUUACCAGUAGUGGAGGCAAACUGGGGAAUGGAUUUACAGACCCUUGAAGGCCAUUCAAGUGCUGUUACGACAGUGACAUUCUCGCCUGAUAAUAAGCUGGUGGCAUCGGGCUCAUGGGAUUGCACUGUGAAACUGUGGGAUACAGUCUCAGGAACACUUUGGCAGACUCUUCAAGAACAUUCUCAUGAUGUCUCUUCAGUGGCAUUCUCACCAGAUGGAAAGAUUCUGGCUUCAGGGUCUCGUGACCAUACUGUAAAGCUAUGGGAGAUAGCCCCAGAGACAGUCACACCCCAGAAGACUCUUAAAGGGCAUUCCAAAGCAGUUACUUCGGUGGCAUAUUCGCCUGACGGAAAAUUCCUAGCUUCAGGAUCUGAUGACUACACAAUAAAGAUAUGGAAUGCAGUUUCGGGUACAUUACACCAGACCAUUGAAGAACACUCUAGUUUGGUCAAUUCAGUGGCGUUCUCGCAUGACGGGAGCAUUCUGGCUUCAGGGUCAUCCGACAAUACAAUAAAACUAUGGAAGAUCACCUCAGGGACAGCCACACUGCGACAGACAUUUUUAGGGCAUUCCAAAACAGUCUACUCAGUGGCAUUCUCACCUGACAGCAAACUGUUAGCUUUAGCAUCCGAUGACCACCCGGUAAAAUUAUGGAAGGUGACUCCAGAGUCAGUAACUCUGCAGCAAACCCUUGAGGAGCAUUCUGAUCUUGUUAAGUCACUCGCAUUCUCACCCGACGGCAAGCUCCUGGCUUCAGGCUCAUGGGAUAAAACAAUAAAACUAUGGAACAUAACCUCGGAUAAAUUUACAGUCCAGCAGACACUGGAAGGGCAUUCUGAAUGUAUCCAAUCAGUCGCAUUCUCACCCGACGGCAAGCUCCUGGCUUCAGGCUCAUGGGAUAAAACAAUAAAACUAUGGAACAUAACCUCGGAUAAAUUUACAGUCCAGCAGACACCGGAAGGGCAUUCUGAAUUUGUUCAAUCAGUAGCAUUCUCACCAGAUGGCAAGCUGAUGACUUCGGGCGCGAUUGACGAAACUGUCCGGCUCUGGGAUAUGUCUCUGGGUAUUCAGCAGAGUCUAAAAGGCUGUGGUCAAGUCAAAUUAGUGCUAUUCUCGCCUGAUAAUAGGCAGGCUGUCUCAGUCCAUAACAAUAAUAUAUUUUUAUGGGAUCCAGCCUCAGGCAAGCUUCAGCACACUCUUGAUGUGGAUAAACCAUCUCGGGAACUAGUGGUUUUCUCUCAUGACAGCAAGAUGGUCGCCUCAAGAUUGGAUAAUGGUUUUGUGGGCUUAUGGAACACAGCCACAGGCAUGCUGAUACAUGAGCUUAGAUAUAAGAAACCGAUCUUGUCAACAGCGUUUUCAUUUGAUAACCAACUGCUGGCCUCAGUCUCAGACGACGGCAUAAAGGUGUGGGAUUUAAACUCCUACAGGGCACUGCAGACCAUAAAAUUUGGUGGUGAUAAACUUUAUGAUUCGUUGGCAUUCUCUCCUGAUAACAAGCUAUUAGCUGCAGGUAAAUCUUACGGCCACGCUGUGGAGAUAUGGGAUGUAUCUUUAGGCACACAAAAGGCUACCUUCAAAAGCCUAUUUGAAGGACUAUACAGCUCAGCGGCCUUCUCACCUGACAGUAAGCUGCUGGCCGUAUUAUAUCAUCGCAAUAUUGUGAAUCUGUGGGAUGUGGCUUCAUCCACACUACAACAUAGCUUUGAAGAUGAUUAUCAAUUGUUCCGCCUUUCGUUCUCUGCGUGUGGAGCCUACCUGAAGACAGACAAUGGGUUGUAUCACAUCAAGAGGCAUGAAGAUAAUUCUCUUUCUUCAUCUCGAGUCGAAGGCCCUGCAGUCAAAGAUGCGUGGAUUUAUCAUGGACGAGAGAAGGUUCUGUGGCUUCCUGCUGAGUACCGAGCAAUACGACCUGUGGUUGAGGGCGAUAUGGUUGCAAUUGGGCAUGCAUCUGGCAGUGUGUCAUUCAUCAGAUUCAAUGCUGGCGAGGACGGUCUAAAUUGUCUACCUGUUUAA